AUGGUCUCCAAAGCUAGUAGGGACCAACUCAGGAAGUAUGGUGCUGUAUCACUUGCUAGUCUUUUGGUUGCAGCCUCUAUAGUGGCUUAUCGGUGGUGGAAUGCCGCACCCUCAAUAGAGGUAGAGAAGAAGCUGCGCCGCAGUGUGUCCAGAUGCGUUGUGGUUACACAGGGCAUACAGAAUGAGGACAUGAUCCAUGAUUUGCUAUUUGAGGAUACCGUGAUGCUACUGGCACCUGGGUGCACAGCCGAGGGCCGACUUAAGUCUGCCAGUCGUGAGAAUGCCUACAAGGUCAUUUCCUGCACAACGUGGCAGAGCGUGUGGGCAUGUGUGCGGCACUUCCGCAAGCACACGCUUCUAGUGCGUACAUCUGAAGUACCAAGCGGCGUGCCCGCAGACAUUGGCGGCUACGUCAGCGACAUAAGUGAUAUUUAG